AUGAACAUUGACGAGCACAAGCUGCCGACCGGCGGCCAGCAUUACAGCGCCCGGAACAAGAUCCCCAACAUUCACGAGUUCGUCGCCCAGCUCGACAAGGAAAAGCGGGAACGCGAUGCCGCCAUCGAAGCAGAGGACAAGGAACACCAGAAGAUUCAGAGACAGGCUCAAAACCAACCCCAUGGCGAUUCUAAGGACCAUGUCCCCGAGAAGAAGGACCGCAAGAAAACCAAGACGGUGCGGGAUCCCGUCACUGGCAAGGACGUCGAGAUCGAGGAUCCCAAGGAUGACUUCAAAGAAGUCGUCGAGAACCCUAAGCUUUCCAUUCCCAACGAGAAUCUCGGAAAGAAGGCCACAAUCUCCACGUCGUCGAAGCAGUCCGGCGAGGAGUACCGACACGCCCAAGAUGUCACAGCACCUCCCGACCCAGUCGAGCCCGGAAGCACCUCCGACGUGCCGAUCCACAGCGAAAAGACCAACGUGACCUUCUUCAAGACUCCUAGCGUAAGCUACGAGCCCAUGUUCGAACAUCUCGAACGGCGAGCCAACAUCUUGUGUGCCGGCAUCUUCUUUAGCAUUGUCAUUGUCGGCAAGUUCUUUGGUGGAGCGCUCUACGGCCUGAUCCCUCUUGGAUUCUGCGUUGCGUCCGGUGUCUUCUUGUGGGUGAAGGACCUUAUUACGAAGGGAAGGAACACGGAAUGGUCCAGUGAACAGGAGCGUGGUGAGACUGCCACCGUCAACUUGGUUCCCGAGUCCGUCGAGUGGAUGAACACUGCAGUUGGAAUCAUGUGGAAUCUGAUCAACCCUGAGAUGUUUGCUGGUGUUGCCGACACUCUUGAGGACGUCAUGGUCGCUUCGGUUCCUGGCAUCAUCGAGAACGUCCGUGUGGCCGAUAUCUCCCAAGGCAGCAACCCUCUUCGAAUCCUUAGCUUGCGCGCCCUACCGGACAGUCACGUUAAAGACAUCAAGGAGGAGUCCCACAGGCAGAACCAGAAGAACACCGACCCCAACGAGCUGGCGGCCAUGGAGCAGGCUGGUUCUUUUUACAACUUGGAGGCCUCGGUCGCCUACCAUGCAAAGCCAUCUGGUGCCGACGUCUCGUCCAAGGCCCGUAAUAUGGGAAUGCAACUUGUGUUCUACCUAGGUGUUAGGGGUCUUUUCGGUGUCCCCCUUCCAAUCUGGGUUGAACUUCAGGGCCUCGUCGCUACGGCCAGAAUCAGACUUCAGCUCACUCCUGAGCCUCCUUUCCUCAAGACCCUUACGUUUACACUCAUGGGCAUCCCCAAGGUGCAAGCAGGUUGUACUCCGAUGAUUGAGAAGGGUGUCAACAUUCUCAACUUGCCCCUCAUCUCCAAUUUCGUCAACUGGGCUAUUGGUACCGCUGCUUCCAUGUAUGUUGCCCCCAAGAGCAUGACACUGGACUUGAGCAAGAUGCUUCAAGGCGACGAUAUAAAAAAGGAGACGCUUGCCCUCGGUCUUCUCUUUAUCCGUAUCCACAAGGCUGUCGGUCUUAGCAAGCAGGAUCGCCGUGGCAGCGAAGGCGGUGGCUCUGACCCUUACAUCACUGUCGCGUGGAGCAAGUUCUCAAAGCCUCAAUUCUGCACUCGUGUUAUUCAGGAUGACCUGAACCCCGUCUUUGAGGAGAGUUGUGGGCUCUUGGUCACUGCCGACCUGAUCAAGGCAGAUGAGCAGCUUUCGGUCGAACUUUGGGACAGCGAUCGAUCAUCUGCGGACGAUGUUGUUGGCAAAGUUGAAUUGAGCAUCCAAAAGCUCAUCCAGCACCCUGGCAAGAUGUUCCCUCAAGUUUCGAAGCUUGCUGGCGUCAAGGCUGAGACUACGAUGCCCGGUGAGCUUCACUGGGAGGUUGGUUUCUUCGGCAAGACCCAGUUCCGCAAGGCUCUCCGCACCGACGGUAAGGAUGUCAACCUGCCCCCUGAACUGAAGGACAAGAAGGAGCUCCAGGAUGAGAAGGGCACUAUCGAGAACGCAGAGGAAGAUGCCGUCGAGCACACCCCUCCCGACCCAUUGUGGCCCUCGGGAAUUCUCAGCAUCGUCGUCCACCAGAUUGUCGGAUUGGAGCUCGCCAACGUCAAGGGUUCCAACGGCAAGCGCAAAGGCCGCGAGUACGAGCCUGCCCGUCUGGAUGCUGGUGAAGUCAAGGAAGAGCAAGGAAGCAAGUUGCCCAGCUCAUACUGCACAAUUCUUGUCAACGAUGAGUUGGUUUACAAGACGCGAACCAAGGCCGUGUCUUCACAACCUAUAUUCAACGCUGGCACGGAAAAGUUUAUUCGUGACUGGCGAUCAGGCAUCGUAACCAUCACGGUUAGAGACUCGCGCAACCGACAACACGAUCCCAUCAUCGGUGUCGUGCCACUUAAGCUAUCCGACAUUCUGCAAACCGGGAGUGAGGCCACAAGAUGGUAUCCUCUGGAUGGCGGUGUAGGAUACGGAAGAAUUCGCAUUUCGAUUCUCUUCAGAUCCGUUGAGCUUCGCCUUCCCCCAACUCAACUGGGCUGGGACGUCGGUACGUUCGAGUUCACUUCGCGCGAAAUUACGGCUGCCGGCUAUGGUCACUCGAAGACCAAGAUUAGACUCCGCACGGGCGGAAGCUCCGCCAGCAUCAAGAGGGACACGUGUAACAAACUCGAGGACCAAGAGGGGUGUUCUUGGGAUAUUAGCGGCGAGAACAAGCACGACAAGAUUCGGCUUCCUGUCCGUUACCGAUACAGGUCUCCUGUCUUCUUCGAAUUCUACCCACCAGGUAAACGUCACGCCGAGGCAUUCGCGUCGCUGUGGCUUCAAGAUUUCCCUGAUCAAGAGGAGCGGGAAUUUGAUAUCCCAAUUUGGAAGUGCGAUAAGGGUCUGCGCCUGUCACAGAACUACAUUACCGAGCAGAACUUCAAGGACAUUCCCGACAUCCACAUUGAAGAGCUUGGCCGACUGAAGUUCCGUGGUCGCUUUUCCACCGGAACGGACAGUGACCACGUCAAAUUCGUCACUGACAACGAUUCGCGCGAGACCAUUGAGACCUGGGAGGCUUGCUUCGCAGAAGGUGUUCGAGGCGAGGAAGUCAAGACUGAAGUUCCUCCCGCGGUCCAGAAGCUCCAUGAUGAAUCUCUUACUCACGGUCGCGAUGUCCUUGCCCAAGCCGACCCAAAGGACAAAGAGAAGUGGUUGUCCAAGGAUGGCACGGAUUGGAGCACAGCUUUCGGACAGGACCCUACCAAGUUGAUCGACGGCGAGCAAGAAGAUCUCAACUCCGAGGGACGCGAUGAUUUCGACGAAGACUACGACGACGAUGAUAACAGCAGCGAUCUCGACCUUGGGAUUGCGGACGCUAGUACCAAGGCAGAAAGCGACGGAACCCGGCAAUCAAUCGAUAGCAAUGUCAGUGAGGCACCUUCGAAUGCUUCCAAGAAAGGCAACGGUCCCAUCCAGGCAUACAAGGACUACAAGAGCAGGAGCCGAGACCUGCACCGUCAGCACCGCGGGCUGAUGCAGUGGCGCCCGAUGCGAAACGUGCAGUUUGCGAAGAACGAGGCCAAGUUCGCCGUCCGGAAGAUGACCAAGUUAGGCGCUCUCAACGGGCGCAAGCCGGAUGUUGAGACAGAGGUUUAA